AUGAGCAAGACACGAGGCAAGGUGGACGAUCAUGUCAAGUCGGCUUUGCCGGCCAUAACGAAGGCUGCCACUUCAUUCCCCAAUGCCGCUGACACGACAGUCGCCGCCUCCAAAAUGUCAGACUCAAGCAGAGAUGGGCACAACCCCCUCAUCGAUGACCUCUUCAACGAUCUGGGCCAGAACUUUUCCAUUGAUGAUUUCUGUGGUGUCGGCUACUUACAUGGAAAGAGCAUCAGCAAUAAUGGUAGCUUUGCGAGCUUCGAUCCAGAGCUGCGGCGUGCCAGCGAGGAAUCCGAGACGAGCUCGCGUAGCAGCCCCCGCACGCGUCAGUUCAAGGCAGCUGCGGAGAUUAUCUGUCAGGUUGGUCAGCACUUCGUACACGCCAUGCGGAUGCACGAACUUGAUACGUUCUUCUGCCCGGCUAGUGGUGAGAAUACCGCGGACGCGUUGCGGCGCCAGCUGCGCACCAAGAAUCAACAGGAGGUGGAGACGGUGGUAGUGACGUUAGUGGAGCUGCUCGAGACAGUGCGCAAGGAAGGAAGUCAUGUAGCGCCGCUCGCCGGCGCGCUCUCGGAGCUCGAUGGUAUUGGGCGAAGUCGUGCCUUCUCCACUAGUAUGAUCUCAGGAAUGAGCACGGCCAGCCUCAUGCGGCCACCAGUGUAUGAGACGAAUCAGCUUGACAUGGCGUACGAUCAGCAAGGAAACCGCAUGAUCAACUGCUACAGGGUAAUCGCAAAUCUGGGACGCGGCGCGUACGGCAAAGUGAAACUUGGAAUCGACACCAACACAGACCAGAUGGUAGCCAUCAAAAUGAUCGACAAGAAGUUCCUCAAGAAGAAGAUCGGUGGCCUAGGCGCCAACAACCAGGAGGCGGCGCUGAAGCGCGAAAUUGCCAUCAUGAAGAAAGUACGCCAUCGGAACUGCGUCUCUCUCUACGAGGUGAUUGACGACCCGGACUCGCACAUGCUCUACCUAAUCAUGGAGUAUGUGCCAAACGGGCCUGUGGUCCGGCUGAAACCGCACAAACUUGGGAGCACUGCCCUGAAGUCGAUCGAGGCUGGCAUUCCGCUGAGCGGCGAGGCCUGCAACAAAGUUCUGAUGCGGUGCGCGGUACGGCAAUCGGCUACUGGCGGGUCCGAGCCUCUCACUGAUGCGGAGAUUGCCAGUAAUCCAACUGUUUUCUUCUGCAAGCCACUAGGCCAGCACAUCUGUGCGCUGUACUUGCGCCAACUCGUGAGUGGGCUGCGGUAUAUGCACAAGCGGAACCUCGUCCAUCACGACAUCAAGCCGGACAACAUCUUGCUCGGCACUGACCAUCAGGUUUUUCUCACUGACUUUGGUGUCAGCGAGAUUCUCUCUACCCGGCAGGAGAUGAAGGAUGCAGUGGAGAGUAACCAUAACAGCAAAAGUGACGACGGCAGUAGCGACUACUCCUCCAGAUCUCUCGGUAGUGAUUCGACCGGCGGGGAUCGAAAGGGGGACGGGGGUGGUAGUAAACCUCGCUUGGGUGGUGGCACGCUUCUCUUCACCGCGCCGGAGCUGUUUGACGGCUCCGUGAAUCAGCACUCGCUGGAUCCCCACCUCACCGAUGUCUGGGCGCUCGGGGCCACCCUUUACUGCAUGCUGGUCGGUAUGCCCCCGUUUUUUGGCAACUCGUACGCCGAGGUGCGCACAAACGUUCUGACGCAGGCGUACCCGUGGUGCGGCAAGACAAUGUACGAGACGCUGCUGGCAACGGAGUGGAGGGUCGUGCUGAAUGGGUUGCUGGCCAAGGACCCCACCAAGCGCUGGUCUCUGGCGCAACUCAAGUCCUUCCUGGACCAGGAGAGCUUCCAGGAUACCAUGCGGCAGAGCGCGUUUCACGAGGCGUCGUUGGGGACUCGUUCCUCGACCUGUCUGGACGGUGACACGUUUCUCUCUUCUUCCACAGCGCAGCGCACCACUGGCUUGGUGAUGCCGUUGUCGGAUGCGACGCCGGUCGUGGCACCCGGGCCAUCGCCUGAGUGUCUCCCGAUGGCGAACGGCUCCAACAUCCCCUUCCCUCCUCAUGUGGUGCCUUCUGCUGCUCGCGUUUCUGCCCUGCCGGUGGAGCCCGGCGGCGCUUCUCACAGCUUCUUGCGCGACUUCAGUGUAUCGGAGCAGGAGGUGCGGGACGCCACGCGAACGGUGAAGGUUGAGGUGCGGCGGCAGUCAAUCGUCCUCUCGGCGCCCGCGCGUGCUAUUGUGUGCAGCUACGUCAAAUCCAUUCGUGCAGGUAUGCAGGGCCGGAGCUCCAUUCAACUGAGCUGCUCGUCCCCUUUCGGUAGCAUCGCGUACGUCGGAUCCCCUUCCUCUGUGAAGAUGCAUGCCGGCGCCAACAAGAUCAGUAAGAUGAGCACCUCCAGCGGUGAAACGGAGCAUGUGACUCAAGCCCCCAGCGUCGCUGCUGAGGUGAGGUUCCGUCACAGCAGUGAAGCCGGUCCUAUAAGUGCUACUUCUCUUUUUUAUCCGCCGCGGAGGAGCUCUCGGAUAUCGGCGGUGACGACUCGCACGGGGAAGCAGUCGGAAGGUGGCGGUGGCGGUCGCGCGCUCGCAGGCGGCAGCGCGGAAGGCUGUGUCGUGGGCCGACCCGCACAGCCACUGGAUGCCGCUUUCUCUAUAGUGAACUUGCAAAGUAACGCGGCUGAGUACUCUCCCACUUUGAGCAGGAUGUCAUCGAGCGCCUCGUCGCGGCAUUCCUUUUUGGCACAGCGCGCACCUGGUGGGCAUCACGCUGGUAGGGAAGCCAACAACGAAAACGGCACCCUGACGAGAAACUCGGCAACUCCAAGCGGGGACACGCGAGUGCUGGGGAGCGGGACGGCCGACACAGCUAGUUGGUUUAACGCCAAGGUGCCAUCGACGGUAGCGCAAACGAUGCUACCCGAGAGCGUGACGCCUUCCCUUAUUGAUGAGGGGGAUGACCGACAAGGGGUAGACGACGAUGGCGACAGCAGCCGAUUCUCGAAAUUACCGGGCUGCAAGAAAACACCGUGUGGCACCUUGCUCAGUAACGACGGCGGCUUUGACCAGGUGACAUUGACGCCCGGGUCACGCUCAGUGGCGCCGCCACUGCUCAACUCUGUUCUCUACAGCGCCACCAGCGGUGUGGGAGAUAGCGACUCAGGUGGGUACCGCAGUACAUCUCCUAACCCGAAUACUGUCAGCACGCCUGGCGCUUUUUUGGCUAUGCCCUCAGAAAAGUCUGCCUUUGCGACGCGGUCGCCAGGUUGGUUGGGCCUGCGAGAGAACAGAUACCCUAUACAGCCACUGCAGCACCGCCUCUCUGAGGGUAAACUAGUAGCUCCCGCCUUGACUGCCUUCGAGGAGGUACUGAGUGUUGCGCGUUCGGAGCGGCGCGCCACUGUUAAUCGCAAAUGA